AAACCCACUCUGUUAAAAAUCAAUUCUCUCCUUUUCCUUUCUUCCUCUGCUUUCAACCUCUUCUCUCUUUAGCCUCCACCACCACUUUCUAUCUGCACCACACCCACACUGAAACAUACAGAGAAGAAAUAGAUAGAACAAUGACCUUUUCUUUUGUAUAAUGAGUAGUGGACCAAAACCUUCUUCUUCCCUCAGAAGAAGAUGGCUAUCCAACGCCAUGACCAACACCAAAGCUCUUCUUUCUUGCUAGACUCCACUCUCUACUGUGAAGAAGAGAGAUGGGUAGAUGAAAAAGAACCAGAAGAGGUCUUUCAAAAUGAGUGUUUUGGCAAGUAUGGAACAAGAAAGUUCCCUUCUUUUUCCCCACUUUCAGUUUUGCUUGAACAAGAUUUGUUCUGGGAUGAUGGGGAGCUUCUCUCACUCUUCUCCAAAGAAGAAGAACAACAACUAUCGCAAGUCAAUGUCUACAAUCUGGAAACUGAUUCUUGUCUCUCUGUUGCUCGUCAAGAGGCUGUCGAGUGGAUGCUUAAGGUCAAUGCCCAUUAUGGGUUUUCAGUUCUAACUGCAAUCUUAGCUGUUAACUAUCUUGACAGAUUCCUCUCCAGUUCUUAUUAUCAAAGAGACAAGCCAUGGAUGAUCCAACUUGUGGCUGUGACUUGUCUUUCCUUGGCUGCAAAAGUAGAAGAGACCCAAGUGCCUCUUCUCUUAGACCUCCAAGUGGAAGACACAAAGUAUAUGUUUGAGGCCAAAACCAUUCAAAGAAUGGAGCUUUUGGUGCUUUCUACGCUUAAAUGGAAGAUGCACCCAGUGACUCCACUCUCAUUUAUUGAUCACAUCAUUAGGAGGCUUGGAUUAAAGACUCAUCUUCACUGGGAGUUCCUUAGGAGAUGUGAGCGUCUUCUGCUUACUAUAGUUUCAGAUUCAAGAUCCAUCGGCUAUCUUCCUUCUGCAUUGGCUACUGCUACGAUGAUGCGCGUUAUAGACGAAGUUGAGCCCUUGAAUACGAUGGAGUAUCAGAAACAGCUUCUGGGUGUCCUUAAAAUCUGCAAGGAAAAGGUAAAUGAUUGUUAUAAACUCAUUCUUGAGCUAUCAAAGAUCAAAACCAAUGCUUCUGUUGUCUACAACAAGUCUCUCAAGCGAAAGUAUGAGCCACUCCCUAGCAGUCCAAGUGGAGUGAUUGAUGCUACUGUUUUCAGCUGUGACAGCUCAAACGAUUCUUGGGCUCUGGGGUCUUCAGUCUCUUCAACGCCAGAACAACAACUGUUUAAGAAGAGCAGAGCACAAGACCAAUGGGUUUUUGUGGACAUGGUUGGCAGCCCUCGUUAAUCUGAAAAAAAUGAAAAAAGGGAAGUAAAUCUAUAUUUUAUUAUGUUUACUCAUCUCUCUCUCUCUCUCUCUCUCUCUCUCUAAUUAAGUUGCCUUCCCUCCACUCUGCAAUUCAAAGCUUGCCCACUCCUGCCAUGGAGAUGGGUGUCAUUUUGAGAGAAGGACGAUGAGAUGACUGAUGAGAGGGUCGUGCAUCUAUCUCCCUCUUAUUUUAAUGUCUUUGGCUCUGUACAAGUCUCUUUUAAGAGAAUACUUUCAAUAUGGACAUAUUAAUAUCAUAUUCAUAAAAUAAAUUCAAAGCAUUUUUGUUCAUUUAUAAA